CUGUGAUGCCGGGGUCCGCUUGUGCAAGUCUACAGUCCCCCCCACCCUGUGGUGUUCCUGUGAUGCCGGAGUCGGGUUGUGCUGCCUCACCUGCACCAAUACCAGAACCAAUGCACAUUCAACAAGUGAUUGAACAAGUGAAACAACCUGGACCACUGAGGCCAUGGGAGGAUAAGUUGUUGGCUCCUCUUAUCAAGAGGAAGCUGACUUCAUCCUCCCAUGGUCUCAUAAAGUGCAAGACUGGAGGGCAAGUGAGUGUUAUCAAUACAUUGUCAAUCAUUUGUGACCAGUUGUCAAUAAUAAAUAGUUGGCAGUAUUUGACAUUUAUCAUCAAAAUCAAUGAUCUGCAAUUGAAGUUCAUCUUGUCUACACUUAGUUACAAAUAUUUAUCAAGUCUAUCAAAUCAGAAACAACAAAAAAAUACAUACAUACAUUCAAUGCAUCCUCUAAUACAUGUCUUUACCUCUAUUGUAUACAAUAAACCAGCUGAUACAAAUCAAUGAAAUUAAUUACAUUGAAAACAGAUUAUAUCACAGAUUAUAUCACUUAAUCACCUUAGAGAUUUUUCAUGAUCCUGCCUAGGAAACAAUUUUAACGUGGAAUAGGUACAUUAUUAUUAAGACUUUUUUUACUGUCCAAAAAUUACAGCCCAUAACACUAGUGAAAAUACACAAGUGCACGCAAACCAAAGCUCGGAGGCCAGCUCCUCUACUGUAAGAAGAAGGACAAGUGAACUACAGCAGGCACGUGCAGCAGCUAGUGGUGGGGAGGAGCAAGCCCAGCUUGUAAUGGAACUCCGGGCCAUCACGAGACAGGACCUGGCGCGAACACUGCAGGAGCUUAGCUUAGACACCAUCCGCAUCCCAACAGGUCACCUGUUAUCAGCCAUCACCGACAUUGGCUUGACCUGUAGCCAAGCAAGGAAAUGGAGAAGAUGGAUGAAGGGCUACAACAUUGUUGUUGAAAGUGAGCGAAAGUCGAGGGCCGUCGCAGCAGAUCUGCUAAAAAACCAAGAGGUUGAGGCAGAACUGCUCCCCCUGGUCAUAGGGAGGAAGAGUGAAAAAGUGGUGGCACUUCGGCCAUAUGCCAGGGUACUGAACCUGGAGCUGUCUGUCAGAGACACCAUAGACAAGAUUGACACUGCUGCACAUCUAACAUGGCACGAAGGAAAGAUACCUGCUACUGAAGUAUGGAUAAAGGUGCUAGGUGAUCACGGUGGGGAUCUAUUCAAAAUGGGAUACCAAGUUCUCAAUCAGAGCCACCCCAACUCCACAACCACAGUGUUCUGCACAUUUAAGGCGAAGGAUUACCGUGAGAACUUAACUGCAGCCACCGAUACCCUCUGUGCUGAGGUAGCAGCAUUACAAGGGUCAACAUGGAGUUCCCCAGAUGGCAGUGAGUUUCAGCUCCGGAUUUUCGUGGCUGGAGACUACGCCAUGUUGUCAGCAUGGUAUGGACUGUCAGGAGCCUGUGGCACAUACCCUUGCUUAUGGUGCGAACAGCCAAAAGCAGGUAUGAAGGGUGGACAAGGGCCAGGAGACACGGCACCUCCUAAGCGGACACUUGAAUCACUCGCCAACAACUUGCAACAAUUCCAGAAUCAAGGCCAUGGCGACAUCCGGAAAGCGAAACACUUCAAGAAUGUCAUAAGCAGCCAUAUGCUGGAUGUGCCCAUUGAACAGGUAUGCAUCCCUGCCCUGCACAUCAGCCUAGGGAUCUUUCACAAAAUGUUCCACAUGCUUGAAAAGGAUCUGCAUGAUUUAGACAUGUUGAUGGCUACACACCUGUCAAGAGUCCAACUGGCUGAUCCCGAGGUGGACAGCGCGGAGCUGCUCAUGCAUCCGGACCUCUACACCCUGGCCCGGUACGUGGAGUCUGUGGAAGAGGCAAGAGAAAUUGAAGAGGAGAUUGAAGAGGUAGCAGAGGAGAUGACAGAGCUAGAAGACCUCCUGGCCUGGGCGCUGCUGCAGGGACAACACGACACACUCAAUGUGUUGUCCCUGCAGCUGCGCUACCAGAAGAAGGAGAAGGAGAAGGAAGAGCUGACAUUGAAAGCUGAAGAGAUUAGAGACAGAGGUGGAGUGAAAACAUCAGAGGGUCCAUUGACCAGGCUGCUAGACCCGGUACUGCAACGACAUCACGCUAAGAGACAGGCAUAUCACUCCCAGGCAUUCGUGGGAAACCACGUGAAUGCUAUGCUGAAGGACGCUCCUAUCAAAGAGCUGACCUCUGUUGCGGCUAACAAAGCAGAGGAGUUAAUGAUGGAGCACGAUUUCCCCGUCGGUCUGUUCACACGGGCAAAAGACCUGGAGACCAAGUACAGCAGAUUGUUCUCACUCUUCAGUACUUGCCAUCAAAACUACUCCCAUGCAAGACCUGUGGGAGAGGCAGAGCUGUCCUCACUUGAUCAUAACAUUAGGGAAUUCAUGGCGUACUUCCGGGCGACAUUUCCUAAUGCAAGUAUCCCACCCAAGAUGCAUCUACUGGAGGCACAUGUAGUGGAGUCCAUGAGAACCUGGGGCUUCGGCCUUGGGUUCAUGGGAGAACAGGGUAUUGAGAGCAUCCAUGCUCAAUUCAAUACCAUCAUGCGGGCCAUGGGAGGCAUCAGAGGGGAGACAGCACAGUUAAAGGCAGUUCUGAAGCGUCACCUGCUCAAGUCUUGUCCAACAAGGGUCGGGGGAGUUCCCAACCCCACCCCACGAAAAAGGAAUGACACUUGAUUCAAAUAUGACUCGAUUAAUUGGUCACAUAGACUUCUAUUUACCAUUUGUUAUGCUUCAAAACUACUAAUGUAGCUUGAAAUGAGUUUCAGUAAACAGAUAUUUUGAUGUUUUGGGAAAACUUGUUAGUGGCCGUCAGAAAAAAAAAUCAACUGACUAUAUAUAUAUCAAUUGUCUGAAUAUCUAUAGAAAUUACCAAUAAAAAAACAAAUGAAUAAAUUUGCAUUACAGAUAUAGUCAUACGAUUGAUGCAUACCACAUGUAUGUGGCUAUGUUGGCUAGAGUUGGCAUCCUUUAACAACUAUUCAACUAUGUCUAAAAGUUUUCAAAGCUAAAGAAAGCACAACAUUGGCAUUCUUUGCCAGGGCUCAAAAUAAUGGGUGCAAGUAUGCACCUUUGUGCAGGGAAAAUUGGAGCUGUGCAUGUAUUUAUGAUUGUCUACCUGCAACUGACCUGCACUGGUGUAGUACUGGUUUAUAUACAUGUACAGGUGUAUGUGGAUUUUCAUUUGGUACAUUGACAGUUACUACCAAAGAAGUAUAAAAGAAAUAAUGUUAAUGGUUUCUGAACAGUUAUUAGUAUGAUCCAAAGUUUGAAUGGUGCAGGUAAACUUUGUUUGGUGUAGAUUAUUUUUAAUGCAAACUGCACCAGAGGUAUGCAGAAAAAGGAUUUUGAGCCCUGUUUACAAAAGCAAGUAAUUCAAAUAUUGUACAUUACUAUUUGUGGACUUCCUAAUGUAUUUCUGUUUGUAUAUUAAAGGGAUACUAAGUUUUUGUCCUGCACAAGUGGGACUCCCUUCUUCAUUUACAGUAUCAAGGGCAUUUAUUCCCAGCAGUUCCUUAAAGUUUCCAAAUAGGAGUAAUGCCUUUGUGCUAGAAAAUGA